AUGGAGGACGAUGAUAUUUGCCUACCGGCCGAUACCAUGGCCAUUUUGCAACAAUUUCUGGCCGAGAAGGCCCAGCGGGAGCAAGAAGAAAUGGAAAAGGUGCAACAAAAGGCUGGCAAAGAUACCGAGUUCGAAGAGGAUUGGCAACUAAGCCAAUUUUGGUAUAGCAACAAAACCAAACAGACCUUGGGAUCUGUGGUAUCACAACUGGUCGAGGCCGCUGAUGGAAACUCCAAAGACUACAAAGUUGCCUUGCUAUCCUGCCCUUCAUUAUAUGGUACCAUAAAGGAAAUACAUGAGAAUGUCAACAUUUUCGAAUACGACAAACGUUUUUCGGCCUAUGGCGAUGAUUUUGUAUUCUAUGAUUUUAAUGAGGCAGAUAUUCCCGAUUAUUUACAACAUCUAUGGCAUUCAUAUGAUUUCAUUAUUGCCGAUCCACCUUUCCUGUCCGAGGAGUGUAUCACGAAAAUAUCGAAAAUUAUAAAAAAUCUGCUCAAACCCAGUGGGAAAAUUAUUUUCUGUUCGGGUGAAGUGGUGGAACAGUGGCUGGUGCCCAGUCUGCCGGGUGUGAAAAAGUGCAAUUUUCAUCCAGAACAUGAACGUAAUUUGGGUAAUGAAUUUGUCUCCUAUGCCAAUUUCAAUUUGGAUGAUUUUAUAAAAACGUAAUAAAAAUUAGAGAAUUAAAAAAU